UCAUCUAAUCUCAUCCAGUUGAAGUUAGCUUCCCUUACCACGGUCUUGUUUUUUCUCGUCAUGACAUGGUGAAGUCUCAAUGACGGUUGCGUUUGGAGUAGUCGCAUGGAGGAGCCACCUCGUUCAUCCCCAUUUUCCUGUCUUGCGUAUUCGAAAGGUGCGGUACAGCAACUCCAAAUUGGCGUUUGCGGAACCAGUUAGUAAAGAUAGGAAGGAAGAUAGUCCAGCUACUCCUCGUAAAAAUAAGAAGAAGGAACCUGUAGAAUGGAAGAAGUUCAAUUCCAAGGAGCUGGGUGUGAAGAUGUCAUCGAUUUCGAAACCCAUUAAAUUGGUUCUAAGUGGGCUUAGGAAAAAAGGAUAUGAAGUGUACCUUGUUGGUGGUUGUGUUCGUGAUCUUAUCCUCAAGAGAAUUCCAAAAGAUUUUGAUAUUAUUACUUCAGCUGAACUCAGAGAGGUAAAGAAUACGUUUGACCAUUGUGAAAUUGUUGGAAAACGAUUCCCCAUUUGCCAUGUUCAUGUGAAUGAUAUCACUGUGGAGGUUUCUAGUUUUAGCACUUGUGGAAGAACUUCUAAUAAGAAGUUCCAUGACAACUUCAGAAGGCCUCCUGGCUGCAAUAUGGAUGAUUAUAUUCGUUGGAGGAAUUGCUUGCAGCGGGACUUCACAAUUAAUGGGUUGAUGUUUGAUCCUUAUACCAAGAUCGUGUAUGACUAUAUGGGAGGGAUACAAGAUAUUAGAAAAGCUAAAAUGCGGACAGUAGUUCCUGCAGAAGUUUCCUUUGUGGAGGACUGUGCUCGCAUAUUACGUGCAAUUAGAAUUGCAGCUCGAUUACGUUUCAAGUUCACUAAGGAUCUAGCACUUUCUAUAAAAGAACUAUCUUGGUCAAUAAAAAGACUUGACAAGGGAAGGAUCCUUAUGGAAAUGAAUUAUAUGCUGGCAUUUGGAUCUUCAGAGGCUUCUAUGAGGUUAUUAUGGAGGUUUGGGCUCCUAGAGAUGCUUCUACCUGUCCAGGCCUCAUAUUUUGCUUCCCAAGGUUUUCGCAGACGUGAUGAGAGGUCAAACAUGCUUUUGUCUUUGUUCUCCAACCUUGACAAAUUUUUAGCACCGAAUCAGCCUUGCCAUAGCAGCUUAUGGGUGUCUGUCUUGGCUUUUCACAUGGCUCUGGUUGAGCAGCCUCGAGAUCCAUUGGUUGUUGCUGCGUUUAGCUUUGCAAUUUCCAGCGGUGGAUCAUUGUCAGAAGCUGUAGAAGUUGCAAGAACAAUCACACACCCUCAUGAAACAAGGUUCCAAGAGAUAUUAGAUCCUGUGAAAACGCGAUCAAAAAAAGCUUUGAUAGAUGAAGUCCUUGAUCUUGCAGCUUCAGUUAAAGCCGUAUUACGCAAGAUGACAGACCGUGAUUAUGUUUCCCAAGCAAUGGUCAAGUUCCCCAAAGCCCCACGCUCGGACAUGGUUUUUAUCCCAGUGGCGUUGUGUUUAAGAGUGUGCAAGAUUUUUGAAUGUAAUAGAAGGGGUUCAGUGACCAAAAUUGGGAAAGGGAUUGAUUACUCGUACUUGGCAUUAGGUAGCUUGACAGAGGUUCAACAUUUAUUUGCAACUGUUGUUAUUAAUACAGUUUUUCCUGUAAACCAGCAACGUUAAUUAUUGGUCAUCUCAUUCAAAUGCCACGCAAGUCUUUGCAUGUA